CAGUUCCUGAUAAGGAGCCAGCGGUACACGUCGCUUGAAAGUUGCCGAUUGGCAGCCCUGUGGCCCUGCUGACAUGUGAUGUUUGUCCAGUCACAGGGUGUUCUGUUUGCUCGGCCUCCGCCUUCUCACCGCUUCUCCAAGAGCAGGAGUUGCCGUUGCCGCCGCGGCUCGCGGUCUCUGCUCACGCAGCCGGCGCAGCAGUGCUAACCGCCUCCUGUGUAGGCUGCUGGAAACAGACACAGUGGCAACCAAGACAUCCCAAAGUUCACAAUCCGGGAAAGUGACUAUGGCAACAGGGCAAGUUUAGAGAGAGUAGGGUGUGACUGCUUAGACAGUGAGCCGGUGCCUGGCCAGUAGGCAGACAUGUGGCCCGAGGCCUUGACCUGGAAUGAGGUUGGAAAGUAUAAGGCACUGCAGGAGCCUGAGACCUCUGGAAUGGAGUAGGAAGAACGUGACAACAGGGAGGACCCAGUCGCUGAGACCUUGGGGGCCAUGCUCAAGACUCUGGGCUUUUAGCUGGGGCAGGGUUCAGUCUUGGGCAGAGCUCUGACCCUGGAGGAAGGACCCAGACCUGACUCAGGUGUUCCGCAGGCUCCCAUUGGUGGGGAGGAGGUGGGAAGGCCUGGAAGCCGGGGCAGGAAGAAGCCAGGCGUAAUGCGAGUAUGGGAAACAGAUCUCGGAGCUGUUGGGUUUCGGUUAGAAAUGAGACAUGAAGGAAAGAAACACAGGAAGAGAGGCUUUACGGUUUGUUUUCCCCUGAGACAGCUGAACAGGGGCGGGGGGAGGAGUCUGUUCCAUCAGUAGUGAAGGCCUGAGUGAUGGGUUGAGUUCUGAAGCCUGGCAGGUGCUUCGCAGCCUUGCGGUGUAGCUGGCCCUGUUGAGAGUACUUCCUGUUAUGAAAACAACCAGCCGAGGCUGUGUGUCUGUCAUCCCUAGAUUAUACAUGAAGUGACCAGGGCACCUGCUGUGAGCUGCCCUGCUCGGAAGUGGAGUGGGGUGACUGGAGCUGGGGGGUGGGUGAGCAGGUGUUGGCUGAGACAGCUCCGUGUGUGGCACCACCCCACAUUCUGGCCGGAGCACACCCAGCAGCUCCCCAUCUCUGCGGAAGCGGCUGCAGCUUCUGCCUCCAAGCCGGCCCCCUCCUGAGGCAGAGGCAGGCAGCAUGGUGGAGAAGGGGUCAGAAAGCUCCUCAGAGAAGGGGGCAGUGCCCGGGACCCCCAGCACGCAAAGCCUAGGCAGCCGGAACUUCAUUCGCAACAGCAAGAAGAUGCAGAGCUGGUACAGCAUGCUGAGCCCCACGUACAAGCAGCGCAACGAGGACUUCCGGAAGCUGUUCAGCAAACUGCCGGAGGCCGAGCGGCUCAUUGUGGAUUACUCCUGCGCCCUGCAGCGUGAGAUCCUCCUCCAAGGCCGCCUCUAUCUCUCCGAGAACUGGAUCUGCUUCUACAGCAACAUCUUCCGCUGGGAGACCACGAUCUCCAUCCAGCUGAAAGAAGUGACAUGUCUGAAGAAGGAGAAGACAGCCAAGCUGAUCCCCAAUGCCAUCCAGAUCUGCACAGAGAAUGAGAAACAUUUCUUCACCUCCUUUGGGGCCCGUGACCGCUGCUUCCUCCUCAUCUUCCGUCUCUGGCAGAACGCGCUCCUGGAAAAAACCCUGAGUCCCCGGGAGCUCUGGCACCUGGUGCAUCAGUGCUACGGCUCGGAGCUGGGCCUCACCAGCGAGGAUGAGGACUAUGUCUGCCCCUUGCAGCUGAAUGGUCUCGGAAGCCCCAAAGAGGUGGGAGAUGUGAUCGCCUUGAGCGACAUUGCCCCGCCGACCGCAGGGGCCCCUGACCGCAGCCAGGAGCCAAGCCCCGUGGGCUCACGCCGUGGCCGCCUCACCCCCAAUCUCUCCCGCGCCAGCAGCGACGCAGACCAUGUGGCGGAGGAGGACAAGGAGGAGCAGACCGACAGCCAGCCCGACGCGUCCUCCAGCCAGACGGCCACCCCGGUGGUGGAGCCCCCGAGCACAGAGCCCAGCCCGCCUGCCGGGCCCACCUCCCUGGGCCCCUUGGACCUGCUGCCCAGUGAGGAGCUGCUGACGGACACCAGCAACUCCUCUUCAUCCACCGGGGAGGAGGCUGACCUGGCUGCCCUGCUGCCUGACCUCUCCGGCCGGCUCCUCAUCAACUCCGUGUUUCACGUGGGCGCCGAGCGGCUGCAGCAGAUGCUGUUCUCGGACUCGCCCUUCCUCCAGGGCUUCCUGCAGCAGUGCAAGUUCACAGAUGUGACUCUGAGUCCAUGGAGCGGGGACAGCAAGUGCCACCAGCGCCGAGUGCUGACGUACACCAUCCCUAUCAGCAACCCGCUGGGCCCCAAGAGCGCCUCCGUGGUGGAGACACAGACGCUGUUCCGGCGCGGCCCACAGGCAGGCGGCUGUGUGGUGGACUCGGAGGUGCUGACCCACGGCAUCCCCUACCAGGACUACUUCCACACUGCCCACCGCUACUGCAUCCUGGGGCUGGCCCGGAACAAGGCCCGGCUCCGCGUGUCCUCCGAGAUCCGCUACCGGAAGCAGCCGUGGAGCCUUGUGAAGUCUCUCAUUGAGAAGAACUCGUGGAGUGGCAUUGAGGAUUAUUUCCACCACCUGGAGCGAGAGCUCUCCAAAGCAGAGAAGCUUUCCCUGGAGGAGGGCGGCAAGGAGGCCCGGGGGCUGCUGCCAGGCCUGCGGAGGCGAAAGCGACCCCUGAGCUGGAGAGGUCACAGCGAUGGGCCCCAGCACCCGGAACCCGAGCCUGGGGCGCGGGCUGGCCUGCACCCCUCAGGCUCCCUUAGCUCCCGUUUCUCUGAACCGACCGUGGACCAAGGCCCCGGGGCAGGCAUCCCCAGCGCCCUGGUGCUCAUCAGUGCCGUCCUCAUCGUCCUCAUUGCCCUCAACGCCCUCCUCUUUUACCGCCUGUGGUCUCUGGAGAGGACGGCCCACACCUUUGAGUCCUGGCACAGCCUGGCCCUGGCCAAAGGGAAGUUCCCCCAGACAGCCACGGAGUGGGCGGAGAUCCUGGCCCUGCAGAAGCAGUUCCAUAGCGUGGAGGUACACAAGUGGAGGCAGAUCCUAAGAGCAUCUGUGGAGCUCCUGGACGAGAUGAAGUUCUCUCUGGAGAAGCUGCAUCAGGGCAUCGCAGGCUCGGACCCUCCCUUCGACACCCAGCCGCAGCCUGACGACAGCUUCUCCUGAGGACUGGGGGGGCCCCGUGGCCAUCCUGGAUGGACACACACAGCCCUGGCGGCCACUGCUGGCACAGUGUGAGCGCCGGAAACCUCCCAGUGGCCCGGCCAGGGCUCACGCCGCCACCGCCGCCACCGCCACCAACCUCGUGGGGACUACAGAACCAAGAUGCACUUUAGACUGGCAUGUGCAAGUCCAGCCUGCCACUGCCUGCCCGGCUGUGGGAGGUCCCCCCACUAACUUAUUUUGCCUGGCUGGGGUUGUAGGGAAGGUGCGUCCUGGGGUGCACGACUCCUUCAGCUCUGGCUUUAAUGUAUUGUAUUUAUUGGGGGCUGACAGAGCCCCAAUAAAGGGUUGGAAAUA